AUGCGCGUCUUUGCCCCGUCCCGCAACAGCCCGACUUUCUCGAAUAAGCAAGUCGCCCGCUUCUUCUUCUCGCCUGCCCUGGGCGACCACGGAGAGCCGACAGGCUGUCAAGUUUGCAAGACGUACGGCAAUCAACAAGCGGCCGUGAGCGUGCCGCCCAUCGGCUGUGCAACCCACCGUCUUAAUCUAGCGGUUCGUGCGCACCCCAUGAAGAUGAUCUGUAGAAACUACAAUCUCUCAUGCUCAAACAACCGCACUCCAGACGACGAUCGUAAGGUCAACAUCACGUACGGGAGCGUUGCCACUGCUGAUGAUUGUCUGCAGUAA